GGCGACCACCUUCGGCGAACAUCGUCAUCAGUCGUGAACUGACUCGGGAGAAGGAUGGAGGAAGAGGCACGGAAGCUUCUCGAAGAAGGAAUAAGCAAGAAACUGGUCAGUCCUGGAAAAGGAGAACAGCCGAUCUUCCCUAAUGGCACCAAGGUGGUCUUCCACUACCUCACCCGCCUCUGUGAUGGCACCGUGCUGGACGACUCCAGAACAAUGGGGGGGCGCAGCAAACCCAUGGAGCUCAUCCUGGGCAAGAAGUUCAAACUGGCUGUGUGGGAGAGGGUGGUCAUCUCCAUGAGACAAGGAGAAGUGGCAGAAUUUACCUGUGAGACCCAGCACACAUCGCUGUACCCACUCGUGUCCCAGUCCCUGAGGAACAUCAGUGCUGGUAAGGACCCGCUCGAAGGCCAGAGGCACUGCUGCGGCAUCGCCCAGAUCCACUCCCACCACUCUCUGGGGCACAAGGACCUAGACAAGCUUCAGGCCAGUCCACAGCCUCUGGUCUUCGCCAUCGAGCUGCUCGAGGUUCUCCAUCCAGGGUCAUUCCAGCUGGACGUGUGGGCCAUGUCAGACACAGAAAAACUCGAGCUUGUGCCUCAGAUCCACGAAGAGGGCAACAUGCUCUUUAAACAAGGUCAAAUUCAGGAGGCUACUGAGAAGUACUACAAUGGCAUCGCCUGCCUCAAAAAUCUACAGAUGAAGGAGCACCCUGGAGAUGAAGCGUGGGUGAAGUUGGACCACAUGAUCACACCUCUGCUCCUCAACUUCUGUCAGUGCAAGUUACUCCAAGGGCAGUACUACGAAGUCAUUGAACACUGCACAUCCUUGGUCUUCAAAUAUGAGGAUAACGUGAAGGCCUUCUACAAGCGAGCUAAGGCCCACGCUGCCGUGUGGAACCAGACAGAGGCACGAGCAGACUUUGCUAAGGUGCUGGAUUUGGACCCCUCCCUGGGACCGUCUGUAGCCAAAGAGCUGAGGGCCAUGGAGGAUAGGAUCCGCUCCAAGGAGAAGGAGGAGAAGGGUCGCUACAAAGGCCUAUUCAACCACAACGAACCCCCAGCUACUGUCACUACAGGUUGAAUCUGUCAUUGAAAACAAGUGGAUGCCUGUGAAUUUCAAGAUGGAGGAGAAACAGUGGACAAUGCUGGUGUUUUAGUUUUGUCCAUGAUGCACCCAAGACAAACACUCUUCCACCUUGCCCUCUAUGGAAGCACUCUCACACGGUCAAUGCACCCACAAUUCAUCAAGGUGCAAUUUGCCUUCCAGCCUUAUUCCUCUGAACUCCCCCUCUUUUGUUUGAAAAUUCAGUUUUCAAUUGGGACACAUUCACUUUAAUGAAAUUUAAAUAUCCCAUUCUGACCUUGGGUCUGUACUGGCCAGCAGCACCUGUCAUUCAGAGCAUUGUGGUCUUGAAUCAGAAACUAAAAAUUUCAAUUACUCACUGAACCUGUUCUUUAGAAAUGUCAAAAGAACUUACAGAUACACUGAGCAACAACCUUCACAGGAUUUGCUAGAGAUUUUUCUUUUUCACUUUGUGCAAUGUCAUUAUUUUGCAAUUUCUAUACCAAACAUCAAUUUGCCACUGUAUUAGAAACAAGUAUAUCUUACACAUUUAAUGUUGAAUUACUUUAGCUGUGGGAUAAUAUUUUUUUUUACCUGUAACCUUAGGCAAACAAAGACAAUUUACAAGUCAAUGCUCUCCUUUAAGAAUUAGUUUUUUUUUUUGCACAAGGAACAUGAUGUACUCACGUGAACACCUCUGCCUUGCACUGUCAGAGCUUGUUUUCUGUCUUGAUCAAUAGACCCGAACAGGAGGCCAUUAUCUCCUGGGAGAAGCAACUGGGAAACUGAGCUGUCUGUGACAAUCACUAUGUAACACACGUGGAAUUAAUCUCUUUGCUUUCUCCUGUGUUCUUGUUUCAUAUAUGUAAGAAAUGCUACCAUUAUGUUGUUUUAGUCAAUAUAUAUUCAUCAAAAACCCUUGGCAUCUCUUCCACCUGGCCGCUGUACUACGAAGCUCGUUCACUUCUAAUAGGGGUAAAUCGCCACGGAACCUUUUUGUUGAACGGCUCACCUGCUUAUGUGGGAGAUAAACGAUCAAUCAGUAUAAAAGCACCGGCCACUGAUAAAUCAAUUUCUUUGAAACAUCAGUGUUCUUAGACGAUCCAGUGUAGCUGGGUGUGGAUUGUUAGUGGGUCUCUGAGGAGGACAAAGGUCGACAGAGACUGACAAAAUCCUUUUACCUACUCUGAUGAGUAUCUUUAUGAAAUAUAUAUAUUCUCAUCAGAGGGAAUAAUAAACCUUUGUCAGCUGCUGGAGGCAACAGAAGCAACCUGACACAUAGGAACAAUGUGCUCACAGUAACAGACUGUCUGCAUCGCUCUGUUUCUUUGGGAGGAACUGAUAUUGAUGUGUUAGCGGCGGGAUAACCAGACAUAGUUUUAUACUUUCAUCCUUCCCUUUCAGUAGGUUUAUCCUAUGAAAUUAAAUAUUUAUUUGGCAUGGGGGAUAGAGUUUACAGAUUUACCUUGUGACAGCCCCAUCCCUCCCCUCUCUCUUUCUCUGAGACUUGAACAAUCAGCCCUCACCAAAAUGAUACUACACUGUUGCGCAGUGUGCACUCUCCUUAAAGGGAAGGAUAAGGGCCAUUUAAAACAAUGUCUGGUUGGUUAAGUCAAUCCCUGAUGCCAACACCCCCAGUCAGUGCAGACAGUGUGUGUCACACCAAAGCUCAUUAUAGAGGCUACACCACGUGAUCAAGUGAAACAUUUUGUCUCUCAUCCAAAAGGCUUCUUCACUUCAGUUCAACAGGUCUUUUAGUAAAGAACAUUCAUAUUUCGUGGCCCUGAGUUAUUCAUCUCCUUCCCAUGCAAAAUUAUAUUGUGGUCACAAUCUUUUUUCCCCAAAUGUAACUUACACAUUCACACAAUUACAGAUUUUUUUUACCAGCUGUAACUGUUUCUUUUAGUCUGGAUAAUGUGUUUGUUCUCCACCUCUUUUUGUAAUGUAACAGUUUGCUUCUCAUUGUGAAAUAUGCUGCUGCCAUUUAAACGUGUCCAUGUCUGUGAUUGGUCAUACGCAGUAAACACCGCCCCUUUUUAUGUGUACACAUGUUCAGAUCUUGAUGAGGAAAAGCUGGGUUGACAACCAGUUGAUAACCAGCUUCGAGUGACUGCUUAGCCUGACUGUGAUUGUUAGGGGGUUAUCCUGGGUAUGUUGAACUCGCUUCGUAGUACAGGCCCCUGCUCAGAAAGAGCUACGCUUACUGUUCAUGUGAAGCAGUGGGUCAUUAUCCUGAAGUGAGAUGUUAUUGCGGUUGUGAUUAUGUAACUGAAAAUAAAUGUUUAUCCCCAA